AUGGCGACUCUCUGUAGGCUGAGUGUUCUAUGCGGCGCUGGAGGAGGGCGAGCUCUCCACCACUCUGGUUCCAAGGCUGCGUCUCUCCACUGGACUGGUGAGAGGGCUGUCAGUGUUUUGCUCCUGGGCCUCAUUCCAGCUGCUUAUUUGAAUCCUUGCUCUGCGAUGGACUACUCUCUGGCUGCAGCCCUCACUCUUUAUGAUCACUGGGGCAUCGGACAAGUUGUUACUGACUACGUUCACGGGAAUGCAUUACAGAAAGCUGCCAAGGCAGGCCUCUUGGCGCUCUCGGCCCUCACCUUCGCUGGGCUCUGUUACUUCAACUAUCAUGACGUGGGCAUCUGCAAAGCUGUGGCUAUGCUGUGGAAGCUCUGACAUUUUAGACUUAAUGCCUUGCGAAUUGAUUGUACACCUCCUUGCCUCUGCUCUGUCAUGCCAUUUCAACUCACAGUAAGAAGGAAAUCACAGAUAAGUCCAUUGGUGAG